UGAGAAGCAUCUCCACUCAGUGUGAACACAUUCCUCUUCAUCAACUCCAUAUUCAGCUUCAUUAGCAUUUUCAUGAUAUCGUCAUCAGCAGCAGCCUCAUCUUCAUCAUCUUCAUCAUGAAUCCAGGUCACCUGAGCCUCCUCUGCUUCCCCCUGCUGGUGUCAGCCUGUGUGCAGCUCUGUGGGGGGGCGGCCGUGGUGGACGUUCUGCCGGAUGUGGUUUGUGUUUCCGGUACAGAUUGUGUAGUUCGCUGCUUGGCUGAACCAGUCGAGGGUGUCGAGUACCGAGCUGUGAGAUGGUACCGACAGGUCAGAGAGUCUCCAUCUUCUCGACUCAGCGGCCUUCUGUCCCGGGACCUCCCCACUGGCCCGACGAAGUACUACUCAGGUCUGGACCGGGAGGUGGAGCUGCAGGCCGAGUCCCGCAGCCUCCUCCUGCCCAACGUGACCUGCGGCGAUGGCGGCGUGUACACGUGUCACCUGGCAGCACCUCUGGGAGAGCAGAACCAGGAUGGGCGGGUCCUCCUCACUCUGACAGGUUGUCCCAGUGGUCCCACAGAAAAACUGACAACAGAUGAGUCCAUUAUUUUGGCCGUAGCAGUGCUGAUGGUCGCACUUGUAGCAUUCCUCAUAAGCUUCAUGUGUCUGAAGAACGUCCUCAGAGACAGAAACAUUAAAACUGUGAAGAAAGAAACGUUGUUGGACGCGACGCUCAAACCGCUGGAGAAGAAAGACCUGAUGCUGAUCUACACUCUGGGUCCGAAGCCGUCCUCCUCCUCGAUGAAGCACGUCUGUGUCUGAAGGACCAACUCACUACCUCCCUCUUCAUCCUCUUCAUCACACGUCCACAGUUGCUGCUACUUGUUUGUGAAUAUUGUGAUAUACUUUUAUGAUAAACUGUGGAUGCUGAGUAGUGGAUAAAAAUGUGAAUCUACAAGAUACAGGUCAUCUGUGUAAUGAGUGACAGGAGAAAUCAGAAGCCCCUUCAGCUGCAGCGAGGAACCGAGGAGAGAAAAUGUUUUUCACGCACUAUUUGUGAUUUGACUCUGUUUGUGAUGGAGCCACGUCCCUGCUGUCUGCUCCUUCAUCUCAGGUCAUGAGUUGAUUCAGGAGGAACGACCCAUAUCAGACACUUCCUGUUCUCUGUGUUCCUCUUCUCAUGGUCUCCUGUUAUUUGGUUCGAUAUUAAAUGUUUCCAGGGGACACAAAAAGGUGAUGGACCUGCUGUGGUUCGAUGUUUGGUGAAGUUCCAUCACCACCGACCAUGGAACUACAGCAGGUCCGUCGUUUUAUUGUGUCCCCCGGAAACAUUUCCGGUGUUGUUUUCGCUACUUGCAGCGUGUGUCUGUGUUUACAUGUGUUGUCUCAGCUCUCUCGGCCACCGUACUGUUCACUGUGGAUCUGAAUCACAGACUGUAAAUAUUAAAUAAAAAUAAAAAAAUUGAGUGCGGUU